CUCGCCUGCACCUUCCUCCCGUGGUCCUGCCGCUGUAGUCUCUCUCUGGCCCCCAGUGCAGUGUGUGAGCAGUGAUGGGGGACUGGAGUCUCCUUGGGAACUUCUUAGAGGAGGUCCAGGAACACUCCACAUCUGUUGGAAAAGUUUGGCUCACCGUGCUGUUUAUUUUCCGGAUCUUGGUUCUGGGCACAGCAGCCGAAUCAUCUUGGGGCGAUGAGCAGAGUGACUUCUUGUGUGACACGCAACAGCCUGGGUGUACCAAUGUAUGCUAUGACAGCGCCUUCCCCAUUGCCCACAUCCGCUACUGGGUACUACAGAUUGUCUUUGUCUCCACACCAUCGUUGAUCUACAUGGGUCACGCUAUGCACAUCGUACGGCGGGAGGAAAAGCGCAAACGCCAAGAGGAGCUGGAGGAGGGUGGGGCUGAGAGCGGCGAGGACCUGGAUGGGGAGAAGGAGUACAUCCAGCAAAAGGAAAGCCGGAGGGAAGUCUUGUCUGAAGUGCCUGGAAAAGUGAGGCUAAAAGGGGCCCUGCUACAGACUUACAUCUUGAGCAUCUUAAUCCGAACAGUGAUGGAGGUGACAUUUAUUGUUGUGCAGUAUCUCAUAUAUGGCAUCUUCCUUAAAGCGUUGUAUCUAUGCAAGUCCUGGCCCUGUCCGAACCCGGUCAACUGCUACAUGUCACGCCCCACAGAGAAAAACGUCUUCAUCAUUUUCAUGCUGGUGGUUGCAGGUGUGUCUUUGUUGCUUUCGAUUUUGGAGCUGUAUCACUUGGGCUGGAAGAGCAUUAAAAAGUGUGUACACAACAGGACGAUGAAGAAAAAGGCAGUGAAGGUGUCUGUGUCUACGGCUCACGAACCCAACAGCCCCCCACGACCCUCCACCUGCACUCCGCCCCCAGACUUCAACCAGUGUUUAUCAGACCAGAGCUCCAUGGCCUCACAUCCUUUCAACAACAGGAUGGCUUUGCAGCAGAACUCAGUGAAUCUGGCCACAGAAAGACACCACAGCUGUGACAAUGAGGAGUGCGACAGGGAUUUUCUGAGGAUCAGGUACGAGCAGGUGCCCACGCAGAUGCCCAACAGUUGCCCACAGUCGCCUCUGAUGCAGUCCAACUUCAGCAAGGACAAGCGCCGCCUCAGCAAGACCAGCGGGAGCAGUAGCAGAGCCCGCCAAGACGACUUAGCCGUGUAGACUCACUGUGAAAAUAUAAAGCACAAGAGGGUUUGAGUGACAAAAUGCUGGAUAUGAUUGACUGUGAGAGAUAAAAUGUUUGACAAUAUAUGUUUUGUAAAAUGUUCUAAUGCUUGAAAAAAACAAACUGCAAAACUAUUUUACAGGGUGAGAUGUUCUCAAAUAAUUGCACAUAACCAUGAAAGCAAAUGGUUAAAACCAGGCCACAGAACUUGUAAAGUGAAUGGCACCCAGAAACUGCACUAUAUAUGACGCAUAAAGAGAUUUGUUGUCAAAUCUUGCAAUACAAAACUCAUGUCAGUGCCUUAAAACACUAUACAAUAUAUUUUUAGAAAAGCAUUCCUAUAUGCCAAGGGCAAUAAUAAAAAUGUGAUGAACACUUUCACCCAGAGUACAGAAUAUUACGACGUUAAUCGUGUGAAAAACCCGGUAAAAAAAACCAAAACAAAAACUUUUCAUUUUAAUAUUUCAUAACACAUUCGAAGACAGAAUGUUUGAUGCCUCUGAUGCCGAAGAGAUUUAGCCACUAGGUGGCAACGUUGCACUUCUCCUUAUACAUUUUUAUUUGUAAAUAAUAAAUGUUUAGCUAUGUGUGUAUGGUUCACUUAUGUCAAACUGUGUUUUAUAUAUACACAUUCAGGUUACUAGUUUCUUUCAUUUCUUAAAAUUGUUUCUUGUUGGAUUGUGACAAAUCAUCCGUGUCUUGUGCAUUUAUG